UCCGCCCCGCCCACGGUGGCGGCUAAAUACCUAGGCUUGGAAAUGCCGCGACAGGGUUCGUGUCCCCGUCAGAUUUUCCGCUCUCCACGAGGUCCUGCACGCUCCAGUCCCACAGGCAGCCCACAAUGGGGAUGCCGUCCUUGCUGCUUUGCGGGCUGUCCAUUGCUCUUCCGGUAUUUGUCAGAGCAGAUGUAUGCAAGGACAUUCAUAAGUCAAAUGAGAUGCCUUCAGUAGGCCAGCCUUUUGCUUUUAAUUGUACAUACCCUCCAAUAACAUCUGAGGAAGUCGAUGUAGCAUGGUAUAAUAAUUCUAGCAAAAUCCCAAUAUCCAAAAACAUUGAGUCUAGAAUUCACCAGGAGCAGACUUGGAUUUUGUUUUUCCCCCUUGCCUUGGGGGACUCAGGAGUCUAUCAAUGUGUUAUAAAGGGUAGAGACAGCUGUCACAGAAUACAUGUAAACCUAACUGUUCAUAAAAAGUAUUGGUGUAAUGACACUUAUGGACAUGGUCUGCCGAAUUUAUCAGAUGAGUACAAACAAAUACUACAAGUUGGAAAUGAUGACAGCCUUACAUGUCAUCUCAACUUCCCGAAGAGUUGUAUUUUGUAUCCAAUAAAAUGGUAUAAGGACUGUAAAGAGAUCAAAGGAGAGCGGUUUACUCCUUUGGGAAUCAAGCUUUCAGUGAACAAUGUCUCGGCAGAGGACGGAGGGAGCUAUGCAUGUCAAGCCAGACUGACACACAUGGGGAAAGAGUACACGGUUUUAAAUGGCAUCACUGUGAACACCACAGAAAGAAUUGGAUAUGGAGGAAAUAUCCCUAAAAUCAUUUAUCCAAAAAAUAAUUCAAUUGAAGUACAGCCUGGCUCCACCCUUAUCGUGGACUGCAACAUAACCGACACGAAGGAUAACACAAACCUGCGAUGCUGGAGAGUCAAUAACACUUUGGUGGACGAUUACUACAGCGAAUCCAAACGAAUCGCAGAAGGAAUCGAAACCCAUGUUCCUUUUCAGGAACAUAAUUUGUACACGGUAAACAUAACCUUCUUAGAAGUGAAAAUGGAAGAUUAUGGCCUUCCUUUCAUGUGUCACGCAGGAGUGUCCACAGCAUACAUUAUGUUACAGCUCCCAGCUCCAGAUUUUCGAGCUUACUUGAUAGGUGGGCUUGUCGCCUUGACUGCUGUGGCUGUGUCUGUCGUGUGGCUGUACAACAUUUUCAAGAUUGAUGUUGUACUUUGGUAUAGAAGUGCCUUCCGUUCUGCUGGGACCACGGAAGAUGGGAAGCUGUAUGAUGCGUAUGUCUUAUACCCCAAGCCUCACCAAGAAAGCCAGAGCCACGCUGUGGACACACUGGUGUUGAAGAUCCUGCCUGAGGUGCUGGAGAGGCAGUGCGGAUAUAAGUUAUUUAUAUUUGGCAGGGAUGAAUUUCCUGGACAAGCCGUGGCCGAUGUCAUUGAUGUAAACAGCAGGCUGUGCAGGAGGCUGAUCGUCAUCCUGGUUCCCGAAUCGCUGGGCCUUGGCCUGUUAAACAACAUGUCGGAAGAACAAAUCGCCGUCUACAAUGCCCUCCUCGUCCAGGACGGGAUCAAGGUCAUUCUGAUUGAGCUGGAGAAAAUCGAGGACUACACGGCCUUGCCGGAGUCGAUUCAGUACAUCAGGCAGAAGCACGGGGCUGUCCGGUGGAGCGGGGACGUCACGGAGCAGUCGCAGUGUGCGAAGUCCACGUUUUGGAAGAAAGUGAGGUACCACAUGCCACCCAGAAGGUAUCCGCCAUGUUCUCCCAUCCAGCUGCUACGGCACACGCCCUGCGGCCACAUGGCAGACAGCAGGGAGGACAGUGCAGGGCUCGUCACCCACUGA